UCGCGCCUCGCCAAGUAGUCGUGUCCACGGCGCCACACGAAAAGCACGCGCGGCUCUCCUUAGAACCGGCCGGCACUCGAAUAAUGUUUCAGUGUUUGACAAACUCAAUCGGAGGUCUCGGAAGAAGUACCGUAUUUAAUUUACGCUGUACCAACCGCAUAUUCUCAGUGAGUGUUACGCAGUGUGUACGAAAAAAACUUUGUCGAAGAUUCUGAAGAAUCUUGUGUAAAAUUGUGUAAUUCGCCGGCUGUAGCCGGAUCGCUUUGCACAAACUUUUUGACGGUGUGCGUGGAAUCCCAUCGCGCGCAUCGUCCCUGUGAUAAGAGGGCCCUGUGAUAUCGACGACUUCGUCUUAGCUUUAAAAAACUAGUUAGGCUUUAGUUUAUACAAAAGAAAAAAAAUUACAAUAUGUCUUCGCCAAUAGACGCCCACAUACUCCAGUUCGAUGGUUGGGACACGUUGGACGAGGAGUCAUUGGAAUUGACACAGACGUCAGAGUUCUGGACUCAAGUGCAGUACGAGACAGAGCGACUGGACUUGCUAUCACCAUCAAACUUGACAAAUAUUUUGCAAGACAGCGAUGUUGAUUGGAGGAUUACUGAAUCACCUGAGGAAUUGCACAAGGAAAACAUAGUGCACCACGAUUGUAUGUGGGCUGGAUCGUGCAUAGACUCAGUGCAUCCUACCAAUACAUUCGUACCAUCGGAUUUGAUUACGGCAACUCCUGGACAGAGUUUGCUACGGCGGGACGCUUCGCCGGCUAGGCCUGAUACUCCGCCUUCGCUGGAUGGUGAUGAGCCACCGCAAUUCAGACAUGCUGUUGACGUAGCUGGUACGGCUUUAAGACUCUUGAGGGAUUCUGCAGCCGUGGCGGCUGACCAUUCCUACACGCUCGCCCGACAACAUAUUGACUACCUCGGCGUUCAGACACCUUCGGAUUCCUGUGAAUCAGAGGAGGAAAUCGACGUGGUUUCACUUGGAACAUCGCAACAACCAUUGGCUUCAACGUCGCAAGUACGUGUUGACUCCUUGCCGAGAACGCCGUCUGUUCAGGAACGGCAAUACAUCCAACGCACUGUAGAGAAUGUCAUGACGAGACCGCCGGCCAGAAAGCGUUUAAUACCACCAACGAGUAUACCGUCAGCUUCUGUUCCACGACCUCGCCGGAGAGGUCCGGGCAGACGUGGACGCUCAAACACUGACACAGAUUCGGAGGGAGAUUCUCCGGAAAUCGAGCGCCGUUCAAUGCACAAUGACAUGGAGCGCUUACGGCGUAUCGGCCUCAAAAAUCUCUUCGACGAACUCAAAAAACAAAUACCAGCAACUAGAGACAAGGAGCGCGCGCCAAAAGUCGUGAUACUUCGCGAAGCUGCCGCCCUUUGCCGCAAGUUGCGGGAGGAAGAACUCGAGAGGGAGUACCUCAAAAAGCAGCAGAACAAAUUGACCACCAAGCUUAAAAGGCUUCGUACGAUGCUUGCGUCACGCUAUCGCCCAUAUUGAGCCUCAGUGUUUGACUUUUUGGUAAAGGUUUAAUUUGUGAGCCACGGCCCUUCUCCGCGCUAUACUUACGGACUGGUAACAUUCUUUGUAAGUCGGAAUGUGUGCUUUUGUUCACAUCUUUAUACAAUAAGUACGUUGACGAUGAUCCUUGUCUGAACGAUAAUAUUUUCGUGACGAUCGUAAUCGAUGUCAUCCAAUAUUGUUGGUGUAUUAUCCAUUAUUAUUAUCAGAAUUUACGGCUUACUCUGCUUCUGUGGGAAUACGCGUGAGUAGUUGCGCCACGAUUAAUGCGGGUUUGUUUUGCUCAAACGACGUUUCGCAGUGCCAAAGUGGGCCAUAAAACUGGUGUUUACAAAUCCUAGGUCUUCAGUAAAAUACCUUAUAGCUACGGACUGCUUCGUGAACUAGUAGACUGGUUAUACCUCUGAAAAAUUAAAAAUAAAAUAACAGUAAAGUAAUUCAUAGUUGACGUAGCUCAAUGCCGAUUAGAUCGUGUUGAAUAUGACAAUUAUUUUAGGAUUUGAUUUAUAGGACAAAAAAAGGAUUUUUACUGGACCCCUCUUGGAAGUGCAAUCGACAAGUGCAGUGCGUUAUUGAUGUAAAUAAAAUUGAUAGAGUGACGAUAGUCUUGAAUUUAUUAGUUAGGCUGGCAGAAGGUUGUUGUUGGCUUUACGGAAAGUUCUAGAGGCGCAGGCCACUAUAUAUGUUUUCGGCCCGGUUCGUAGGAUUUUCUUUUUGUCCCGCUCUACGACGGUAGACGCGGGGGCGGGAUAGUGAUAUUGUUUAUACAAUAUUGUUUUGACUUGAUAUUAUUGUAAGUGUACACUUAAGCUGGGUAUGCACUAUAUUCGCCAACCUAUAGUGCUCCGCGAUCCUGCUCAAAUGGAGACGUCUGCGAACUCGGUCGUAACCUACGCACCUGCCAAAACCGACUGCUCGGAUCCGAUCCGAUCAGUUACACGAUCCUACUUAGGGAGCGCGCAAAAGAUACAGGUUCGCGAACAUAGAGGGUAGCCCAGCUUUAGAUUAGUUCGCUUACGGAUUUUGUAGUGUUUUUGUUAUUUUGUAAAUUUUAACACCUUUAAUGUUUUUUUUUUUUACUCGUAAUAUUUAAUCGCGCAAUUAACUCCGUACGACUAUUUUAAUAUGAAAAUACAAUAUAUUCGCGAACUUCUCAAACAUUUGGACCAUUUUUGGCUAUCAUCUGUUUUUUGUACGUUAGUAUAAAUUUGCACCCACAUCAAAAUGCAUUUUAUAACACAUAACUGUAUAAUAUUAUGUAUAGUAUCGAUUAAUGUUUAAAAAAUAUAGCACGUAUCGAAUUAUUUUCGCCUGGGACCUGGCGGGGAAAAGGCAACCCGUUAUAGGUGUUUUAAUUGGGUUAUUUUAUAGAGCUGGGUUUAAACCCCCACUGAUUGACCUAUAUUGCUGGGUUAAUCAGCGUUUUAAUAACCGAUUCACAUAUAAGGUUCGUUAUGUAUAUAAAAAUGCAAGAAAGGGUUGGAGAUAUUUCGCGACACUAUGACAUAUCUCUGUCUCUUUCAUUCGGUUAAUAAGCAAUUACAACACGAUAAAUCCUUAUUGUUUAAGCGGUUACGCAAAUAAGGGUUAAUCAAUGAGGUUUUAAGAAAGCCGGUUAACGUUUUAAACUAAUUCAUAUUAGUUGAAAACUUGUUUAAGGUAACCGAAAAUAAUUUGUACACGUGAUGUAAUAGUUUCCAAAUUCAUUACAUGUGUAUCGUAAUUUAAUUAUAACUUUGAUUAAGUGUAUGCAAAUUUUAUUUCAUUUACAUUAUUAAGACGAGCGCAAUAAUAAAAUGGAUUUUAAUAAAAACAUUUCUUGAUAUUUUAACAUUCACCCAGUGAAAUCUCAGUGACUACUGUCCGUUUAUUGAUUUAAAAAAAUAGACUGUGUAUAUUGAUAACAACAUCAAAACCUACGAUUACAGUUCGCCCUUUUUGGGCAUUUAACAUAAAAAUAACCACGAAAUAGUUCCUCAUAGUACCUACUAAUAGAAAAUGUGCAUUUUCUUUAUUAUUAUAUUAUUAAUAUUUUACUGCAGUAAGUUAGUGAUGUAUUCGCGAUAGUUACGAAGUCGAAAGUGAAAGCCUGGUUGGAAAUGUAAAAAAAAAUUGCUAAACUACCCUCUAUUGUGUAUUUUUUCUGACAGGUGGUAAAUGAUGUGCUAACGGCGACAGUCAUCUCAAUACAAAAUUUGCGAUGAGUAUACAAACACCGGUGUCAAAUUAUGUCUGUAUGAAAACGGCAAGUUGGCAACCUGUCAAAAUAAAUACAAAUAUGGCAACUGGUCUGGCAUAAAUUAAAAUUAAUAAAAAAUAGCUGUUGCGCUGUUUUUUCGAACCAGGCUUUGCAAAGGUUGAUGUUUUAUCAAGCACAUGGUCAGCAGAAUCGUAAGUUUUGAAGGCUUUAAUUGUGUGCGGAAUGUGCCUUGCUAUGUACAUAUAAAUAUAUAGAUAAUAUUAGGUUUAUACUCGAAUUAGUUGCAAGAAAUAUUUUUUUGUGAGAAAUAUUAUUGUAGGGAUAUAGCGUUGUUCUUAUAGGUAGUGGUACACGAGGAGGUUUUAUACAUGGUGACUUUAUUGUCGUAUUACAACAGCGGUCCAGUUAAAUGGUCUCAUAUUUAAAAUAUUUAAAAAGGUGUAUUAAGAAACACCAUGAGAAAAUUGCAGAUGCGCGGCUCGGCGGUAUCUGUUUCUGUUCCGGUCGUAAAUCUACUGACGUACGUACUAAUCUACUACGUAUCACCGAUUUCAAAACUUUAUUUGUAUUUUUCAUCGUUGUUUUAAAAAUUGAGCAGAGUGAGAAAAGAAAUGGAUUUUAUAAAAGGGCUGUCGAUGUAAGACGAUAAAAAUGUCGCCUUGUAUUUAUCGUGUUAAAGAUUCGCAGUUUAUCUUCCACUAGGCGUAAAAAAUGUACAUAAUAGGGACUAGAUCAUAGAUGUAUGUCAACUUUUUUUAUAAACGAGGUUUUUUUUCUAGUAAUUGUUUAUUUUUUUUUUUUCAUAACUGGAGAGUUAGGAAUUCUCGAAUGUUGUACCUGCAUUUAAUUUUUUUUUUGUUAAUCUUGACAUAAAUAAUAAAGAUAAUAAUGAGUUUGUUAUAUCGAAAGUAACAUUGGUUUCAUACAGUGUUUAAUGGAAAAUAGAUUUACAUAAGGAAAAGUCAGUAAGUUAAUGGUUUAAUAGUAAGGAAUGACAGCUUUAUAUUCGAUAGACUAAUCGGGAUGAUUAAAGCAAAGGCAAUGCACAUUAUUUGUGACAAGGCACAUUUCCACCACUGCCAAAUGGAAAAUAUGAAUAGAGAAAAAAAAAAAAAUUAGCAACUUGGUUUGUAUAUUUUAUAAAAUUAAGGUUGGGAUGAUUAAGUCAUGUUAUAGUUUAAUUAUUAUUACUUUUUCUUUGUAUAGUAUCCUUUAUGUAAGGUGUAACAUCUAACCGUUGUUUGUGGGUUGCCAGUAAUCUUAGUACGAGGUAUCACGCCGCAAAUGUAGAUGGUUUUCGAGUUUCGAACACUUACAUCAGAGAAAAUAGGACCUUAACACCCCUAGUUUAAAAUUUCAUUUAGCGAAACCUUUAAUGAAAGUAAAAUCGUUAGUACGGAAUGUACAAUUUUAAUAUCCGUAUUCACAAAAAGUGUGUUUAAAUUAUUGAAAGAAGACGUGAUUCCUUCAUAUUUCGAUAAUUUAACUGUUCGACUGAGGGACGUUUGUAAUUUUUGUGAACACUGAAGCACGGAAAGCACUGAGCAUUAUAUACGUUUAACUCUGAUGACAUAGUGUUACAGUAAUCGAAAAAUCGUCAACGCUUGCGAGGCGUGCUAACUCUUACUAAGGGUACAGUUGAGGGAUGUGAAAUCUAUGUACGUUUUUGAAUGCCGGCCGGUUGGCAGCCAUGUUGGAAGAUGGCGGGAAGCGUCGGCGCGAAAGUCCCGCGACGCGAGCGCAGACAACGGUUGCCAGCACGCCGCUACAGAGAAUGCAGGAUGCAAAAUAGAUUCCGCCUAACAUUAACGUUGCACUUUGCAAUCUUUGAAGCGGCGUUUAGAAAUAACAAGAAAACAUGUGUACUUACUUACCUACGGUCUUGAGUUAACGGAUACUAUUAUUAUGAGGAGAAAAGUUUUUUUGGUUUUUGUUCCUUAAUUAUGUGUAUCGAAAGAUAAGAUAAUCAUUAAAUAUGGAAAUAAAAAUGCCGGAGUGUGCAGAGGUAGGAAACAGUUGGCUGUUAGAUUGUGAUUUUUAUACUUUUUGGUGUAUAUUUGGGGGGUGACGUAAAUUGACGUUAAGAUUCUGUGAUUUUAUGUACCUGUGUGGUACUGUUGGGGAGCUGUUUCCCAAACUCUGCUCAGUUCGGCUUAAAAAAAA